AUGGCGGCAAACGGCGAGAUCGAUAAAUUUGGGAACGACGUCGCCGACUCCGGCGACGAGUCCUCCGGCUCUGAGGCUGGCCAGGGACUCUCGGACCACGAGGUCGAGGAAGAGAAGCCUCUCAAGCCUGCCCUGAAGAAGACCGCCCCGGCGCCCGUCGUUGAGAAACCAGUCCUGCCUCCUCAGACCGAGCCCAAGGACCUCGACGUUUCCAAACUAUCCCCUCUCACACCAGAGAUCAUUGCGAGGCAAGCAACGAUCAACAUCGGCACCAUCGGCCACGUCGCUCACGGAAAGUCCACCGUCGUCAAGGCCAUCUCGGGUGUCCAGACUGUUCGAUUCAAGAACGAGCUGAUCCGUAACAUUACCAUUAAGCUUGGUUACGCAAACGCCAAGAUCUACCAAUGCGAUAACAAGGCGUGCCCAAGGCCCGGCUGCUUCAGGAGUUACAAGAGCGACAAGGAGGUCGACCCUCCUUGCGAACGGGAUGGAUGCGAGGGCCGAUACAGGUUGUUGAGACACGUCUCCUUCGUCGACUGCCCAGGUCACGAUAUUCUCAUGAGCACCAUGUUGUCGGGAGCCGCUGUCAUGGACGCCGCGCUGCUGCUUAUCGCUGGAAACGAGUCCUGCCCUCAGCCCCAGACCUCCGAGCAUUUGGCCGCCAUCGAGAUCAUGAAGCUCGAUAAGAUCAUCAUCCUGCAGAAUAAGGUCGACCUGAUGAGGGAAGAGGCCGCAAAGCAACACUACGACUCUAUUCUUAAGUUCAUUCGAGGCACAGUUGCUGGCAAGUCGCCCGUCAUCCCAAUCUCCGCCCAGCUGAAGUUCAACGUCGACGGCGUCCUCGAUGCCAUCGUCAACACAAUCCCCAUCCCCCCAAGGGACUUCAGCCAGGACCCUCAGAUGAUUGUCAUUCGGUCCUUCGACGUGAACAAGCCUGGCGCGGAGAUCGAGGAGCUCAAGGGCGGUGUCGCUGGUGGAUCUAUCCUGCACGGUGUGCUCAAGCUCGGCGACGAGAUCGAGAUCCGACCCGGUAUCGUCACUCGCGACGACAAGGGAGACCUCAAGUGCACGCCCAUCUUCAGCCGCAUCGUCUCUCUCAACUCCGAGUCCAACGACCUGAAGUACGCCGUUCCUGGAGGUCUGAUCGGUGUCGGAACCCGCAUCGACCCCACGCUCUGCCGUGCCGACCGUCUCGUUGGUUUCGUCCUGGGCCUGAAGGGACGCUUGCCCGAGAUCUACUCCGAGAUUGAGGUCAACUUUUACCUGCUCCGUCGCCUCCUCGGUGUCCGCACCGCGGACGGCAAGCAGGCCAAGGUCGAGAAGCUGGCCAAGAACGAGGUCAUCAUGGUCAACAUUGGCUCCACAUCAACAGGUGCCAAGGUGGCUGCUAUCAAGAAAGAUGCCGCGAAGCUGAUCCUGACAUCCCCCGCCUGCACGAACAUUGGAGAGAAGGUUGCCCUGUCCCGGCGUAUCGAGAAGCACUGGCGUCUGAUUGGUUGGGCCACCAUCGCCGCCGGCAACACCCUGCAGCCCAGCACAAACUAA